CUAAGGCUAUUUCCGGCUUGAAGCUUCGAUGAUAAUUGUGUAGUAGUACUAGUUUUUAUCAUUAAAUAGCCCUCCACAGUCUAAUUAGUUUGGAGGGUUUUUUCAAAUCAAAAUCUUAAUGUUUUGAGCUUAUGAUAGUGAUGUAGUGGGAGUAGUAUAUAAUCAGGGAUGAAUGUUUUUUUUGAUGGAAAUUUUUUGAAGUGGCGUGACAACGGACAACUCCCCUUCACAAUUUCCCAACCAAGAACAAUUAUUUAACCUGAAAAUCUCUCUCCUCAUCCACUCUAUCUACUUGCUUGCUGGAAUCUCAUCUCAAAGCAAUGAAUAUGACACCAUCAGAACCAUGGAGGAGUUUUCCGGGUACCCAAUUCAUCUCCACUUUCUGUAGACAUUGAAACUCUGCAGAAACAGAUUCAUGAACUUUCAACUCUCUGAUACACACGCGCCUUCAGUCACCAGGAUCCUUUACAGGGAAAAAGAUGUACAAGCGAGGGUGUUCGUCAAGAGUUUGAUGAUCAUUUCUGGUCUCUCGGUCAGAGAGGAUGCAGUUGGGAACAUAUUUGGUCGAUGGGUCGGUUCUGAACCAGAGCUGCCGCCCGUUUCCACUGGUUCUCAUAUCGAUGCUAUACCGUACUCGGGGAAAUAUGAUGAAGUAGUCGGAGUGUUGGGUGCCAUCGAGGCAAUUAAUGUACUAAAAAGGUCAGGGUUUAAGCCUAAGAGAUCUCUGGAGGUGAUCAUGUUUACAUCAGAAGAGCCAACGCGAUUUGGAAUCAGCUGCUUGCGAAGCCGCUUAUUAGCUGGAAGUGAAGAACUGGCCCAACUUCUCAAGAGGACAGUCGAUGGCCAAAAUAUAUCCUUCUCUGAUGCUGCCAAAUUCGCUGGAUAUGCGAACAAUGAGGACUUUUCCCAGUGUGGCUUUAAAAAAACAAUAUCAAUUGGCGUUGUCACCGCCAUUGCUGCUCCAGCAAGUAGCAAAGUGGAUUUUGAAGGCAAUGGAGGGCAUGCUGGAGCUGUUCUGAUGCCAAAGAGAAACGAUGCAGCUGCAGAAUUAGCCCUUGCUGUCGAGAAACAUGUUUUAGAAUCCGGAUGAAUUGACACUG